UCGCCCGCGUUUUCCUUCCUUUCUCCCCCGUUCCUGCCGCCGGCCGGGUCUACUCUCUACUCGUCUGGACCUGCAGCUACAGCUACCUUUCUUCGCCCCCUCAAAAUCCUCCAACCAAUCCCACCAGCUUCUCAGCUCAAAUCCGCCUCGAAACCUCCCACCGCCCGCACCGUCCGCCCGGGUCGUGCGCGAUCGGCAGCUGCCCGGCGCUCCCGGAUCGAGAAAGGAGGCCGCUUUGGCGGUUCUGGCGGGCGAAUCUAGCGGCGAUUCGCUCAGAUUUGGACUUAGGGUUUUGGAGGUGGUAGUGGGUUUGUGCCGCCGGGAGAGAUGUCGGCGGCCGUGGCGUGCGCGGAGAGGGCAACCAACGACAUGCUCAUCGGCCCGGACUGGGCGGUCAACAUCGAGCUCUGCGACAUCAUCAACAUGGAUCCUGGACAAGCAAAAGAUACACUCAAGCUCCUAAAGAAACGUCUUGGAAGCAAGAAUUCAAAAGUGCAAAUUCUGACACUUUAUGUGCUGGAGACACUAAGCAAAAAUUGUGGGGAUGUUGUUCACCAACUGAUUGUUGAACGCGACAUAUUAAGUGAAAUGGUUAAGAUAGUAAAGAAAAAGCCAGAUUUAAAUGUCCGGGAGAAGAUAUUGAGUUUGAUUGACACAUGGCAAGUGGCUUUUGGAGGUCCUUCUGGAAGAUAUCCCCAGUAUCAUGCAGCUUACCAAGAACUCAGGGCUGCAGGUAUUGAUUUUCCACCUCGUGAAGAAAAUUCGGUCCCACUGUUUACACCUCCUCAAACUCAGCCAUUGAGACAUCCACAUGUAUAUCCACCUCCAAGUCAAAGCUAUGAAGAUGCUGCCAUAGAAGCUUCUCUUCAGUCUGCCCCUUCUGUACCUGCCCUUAGUCUAAGUGAGAUUCAAAGUGCUCGUGGAAUUGUGGAUGUGCUAGAUGAGAUGUUAAAUGCUCUGGACCACAGACAUCCUGAGGGUGUGAGGGAGGAGGUCAUUGUUGACCUUGUUGGGCAGUGCCGAUCAUAUCAAUCUCGUGUCAUGGAUCUUGUUAACAGUACUGGUGAUGAGAGCCUUUUAUUUCAGGCUCUAGGACUAAAUGAUGAAUUACAGCGUGUUGUUCAGCGCCAUGAUGACAUAGCAAAGGGGGUUCCUCCUGGCACAGGAGCAACUACCCCUGCUUCUGCAAAUAUAAACCAACGGACUGCUCCUCCUAGGUCCACUGGGGUUUCAUUUUCUCCACUUUUAAAUGUACACGAGGACGAUGAGCCAGAAGACGAGUUCUCUGUGCUUUCCCGCAGGUCUGCAAGGGAUGGCACAGCGACACAGAGCAAUCCGCCUUCUGCUCCGAGAAAUGAAAGGCCAUACCCAAGCCCACUUCUUCCUCCCCCGCCAGCAUCUAAGAGGCCUGUUUACAGAGAGGCGAGCAAUAUUGACUACCUAAGUGGGGACUCCUACAAGUCAGAAAAAGUUUCAGAUGAUUUCAUCAACCCAACCGCCCCUGCAAAUAUAUCUACGUCAUCUCAUUCCAAGACGGAAGCAUAUCCACCACCAAGCUACGGUAGCAAGACAGACAGUGUGUCUGAUGACUUUAUAAACCCAACUGCACCCAGCUUCUCUGCACCUUCUCAUACUAAAAGUGAGGAGCUAACCCGUUCAUCCGCGAAGCAGCAGGAGAGCCUACCUGACGAUGACUUCAUAAACCCAACUGCUCUUCCUGGUUUCUCGUCGCCAGCUCCCAAAGGUUAUGAAGAUUCAAGGGAAGAUAUUCCGAAGGCUCCAUGGGAACCGCAGGCUGCUGCCGGAUCCCUGCCCCCGCCUCCGGCAAGGUAUGGCCAGAGGCAGCAGUACUUUGAGCAGAACGUGUAUUCUGGCGGGAGCAAUGGAGGCGGCUACGACGGACUGGUGAUGGAGACAGAGAACCUCUCCCUCAGCCAAAACGAGAAGAGCAGUGUGUCACGUCCAGCGGUGGCGGCCCGCCAGGCCAAACCCGAGGACUCCCUUUUCAAGGACCUUGUCGACUUUGCGAGGACCAAGCCGUCAUCGCCGUCGAAACCAGCCAACAGCCGCAGGACUCGCUGAGCAGCUCAGGUGAUACGUGCAUGCACACCAAGUUGCCCGGCUGCUGGUCUCACAGCUUGGCAGACGAUACCGUGAAAUAAGAGCAUUUGAAGACUGGAUAGAUUCCUUUGCGUUUUCGAGAAUUUAGAGUCGAGGAUUUCAGAUACUAUACUUGGCCAUAAUCCAGGGUGUGUCGGUUUCGUAGUUAGCUGCUCUUAAACUUCACUUGUUGUUGGCUUCACCUCCAUUUUUUUUUUCUCACUUAGCUGUGUAUAUAUAUGCCACUCAGAUUCGACAGUGAUAUUCAUAGUUUGAGUUUGCAAUUUGAUGUCAAAGACUUCAUUUC